UCGGAACGUUAGUAAUUAGUAAACUAAUGUAGUUACCAAACAGGUUAUGUAUAUUCUUUAAGUGUUAUAUAAUUUUUUUUUUUUUACAACGACUUACAAAAUACAGAACUCCGGAUUAAACUCACAGCAACGGGCUCGAAUUGGUCAAGUCAACCGCCAUACCCGUCACCACGAACGACAGCAGCAACGGACUUCGGUGGACAACAGCUUAGCCGGUACUUUUGGCAGCAGCAGCAGCAGCAGCAGCACAAUCAUCGUCAACAGAUACAACGGUGGAAAACCGUCGAAAAUCGUCACGAGGAAGUAAGCAAGCGACGCAGACAACGACAAAUUGAAACAAACAAAAAAUAAAAAUAAUACCAUAAAAAAUUUGUUUUCCUUGAAAAUAUUAACGCUAAAAAAAAAUUUUUUCAAUAAAAUACAUCAACCGACGCCGCACGUCCAGGCCGGAUUAAUUAAUUAUAUAUAUUUCAAAUAUAUAAAAAUUCAUCUGUGAUAGCGUUAAUCGGAUUCGUUUUGUUAUCUGUUUAGAAUUAUUUAUUUAAUCGUUUAAAAAACACUAACACCGUUCGCUAACACUAUCAAACAGUGUCGGCCUUUUUUUUUUUUUUGCUUUCCAAAUCGGAUUAUUAAAAACAAACAAAGACAGAAAUUUUAAUUUAAAAUUUACACACACAUUUUCGCGGUAAAAAUGUCUCCUCGACCAAGCGCGGAUCUACUUACCGGUGCCGCCGUCCUGAGGAUUCUGUUGAUACUUGGCAGUUCCCUGAGCGGUUGCUGGACUUCUGACGCCGAACCACAUGCUAUAGCCGCACUUCCCACGUGCGACAGUGACAUCUACUGUUACGGUCCGCUAUUGCACGUGGUGCAGAUGUCCAACAUAUUCCCGGACUCGAAGACGUUCGUCGACAUGAAGAUGAAAUUCUCUCCCAACGAGACGAUGAGCAUGUUUCUGGACAUGAUGAAGGUGACGGGACAGCGACCUUCCCGGCUACAGGUCGAGGUGUUCGUCAACGAGACGUUCGAAGGCGAAGGCAGCGAGUUCGAGGCGUGGGACCCGUCGGACUGGGUGCAGCACCCGAAGUUCGUAAACGACAUUAAGGACGUGAACUUCCAGGACUGGGCCAAGCAGCUGAACCUGCUGUGGAAGUUCCUGGGCAGGAAGAUCAAGGACGACGUGCGCCUGCAUCCCGACCACUAUUCCAUCAUCUACGUGCCGUACCCCGUGAUCGUUCCCGGUGGACGUUUCCGGGAGUUCUACUACUGGGACUCGUACUGGAUCAUCCGGGGUCUGCUGCUGUCCGAGAUGUUCACCACGGUCAAGGGCAUGCUCAGCAACUUCUUGUCGAUCGUCAACACCUACGGUCACAUACCCAACGGCGGCCGCGUGUACUACGCCAUGCGUUCGCAACCGCCCAUGCUGGUGCCGAUGAUGCAGAGCUACAUCGAAGCCACCAACGACACCGCGUUCCUCAAGGAGAACAUCGACAUACUGGAACGGGAGUUCGACUACUGGAUGCGCAACCACACGGUCGACAUCGAGAAGGACGGCAAGGUGUACACGCUGGCCAGAUACAAGGACUCUUCCGUCGGUCCCAGACCGGAAUCGUACAGGGAAGACAUAAUGAGCGCUCAGACGCUUAAGACCGAAGCCGACAAAGAAAACUACUAUUCCGAACUGAAGGCCGCCGCCGAAUCCGGAUGGGAUUUCUCCAGCCGUUGGUUCAUACUGAACGGAACCAAUAAAGGAAAUCUGACCAACCUGAAGACCAGGUACAUCAUCCCGGUGGAACUGAACGCUUUGGUCUAUUGGAACGCGAAAAUACUCAGCGAAUUCUACCGCGAUCUCAACAUGCCGGAGAAGGUGUUGAAGUACGAGAACAUCGGAAACAGGUGGAUCGAAGGCGUGACGGCCGUGCUGUGGCACGAGGAGGUCGGCGCCUGGUUGGACUACGACAUGAUGAACGAGAUCAAACGCGAUUACUUCUACCCGACCAACAUAUCGCCGUUGUGGACCGGCUGCUACGACUCGAAGAAGACCGAGUACUUUGUGUCCAGGUCGCUGAAAUACUUGGAGAAAACACAGAUCAUGAACAACUUGGGCGGCAUACCGACCACGCUGGAGCACUCCGGCGAACAAUGGGACUACCCAAACGCGUGGCCCCCCCUUCAGUACAUCAUGGUCAUGUCCCUGGACGCGUCCGGCGACAGCUGGGCCCAGGACUUGGCUUUCGAAAUCGCCGAACGGUGGGUCAGGUCCAACUUCAAAGCUUUCAACGAGACGCACUCCAUGUUCGAAAAAUACGACGCUACGGUUCCCGGUGGACACGGCAGCGGUGGAGAGUACGAGGUGCAGCUGGGCUUCGGCUGGACUAACGGCAUAAUCAUGGAGUUCUUGCACAAGUACGGGGCGCGGAUCACGGCCGAAGACAAGUUCACAGAGGCGUCUCAGAUCAGAGCCAGUCCCAUCAACAGCAGUAGUAAUUUUAACACCAAGACCGUGUCGUCGGCGACACAACUCAUGACUGCGACUCUUGCGAUACUGGCCACAAUAUCGGCCGGAUGCAUAGGGUGAGAUGUUUUACAAAGUUAAAUUAUAUAUUUAUAUAAACAUACCUAGUUAAAUUAUAAGAACAUUCCAUUGUGAAACGCUGGAAGGAUCUCUUUUAAUUAUCAGGUCAGACGUAUUUAACAAAACAAAACCAAUCCAAAAAAAAAGGUUUUCUUGUAGUUUACUAAACUUUCUUUUUUGUGCUAUCACAUAUCAGUUAAUUUAUUGUUUUUGUUUAUUUGUAUUUUUUUGUCGUUUUUGUACAUGCGAAAGACGUAUAAGUAGGUAUAUUAUUAUCAUAGUUGAGUUUACUGGCUUUUUAGUUUUAUUGUUUUGUUGGCACGUGGAAAUUUUCAUAUUUAGUUUGUUGCGUGAUCGUUUAUAAUAAUAUGACCAUUAUAUUUUAGUUCUCAUAAUUAAUAAUAAUUAUCACACUAUCAAAAAAAAAAUUCGUCCAACGAUGAUUUUACCAAAGUAAAAAUAAAAACGAUUAAUUAAAAUCGAUCAUUUAUAACCAUCACCAUUAUCAUAUUUUACAUUAUUUAAUAGUUAGAUCUAAAAAUUUGUUUUUAUAAUACAUCAACUAAUGUGUGUGUGUAUGUGUGUGUGUUUUUUUAUUAUUAUUAUAUAUUAUACAUGUAUAAUAAUUAUAAAACUUAGUCUGUAAACUAUUAUUAUUAUUUUUUUGUUUUGUAAUAAAGUAAUAAUAUAUGGAGUUUAAGUUCCUUCGAGCAAUCGCGUUGCUGUGAGUCCAACCAAAAUUAUAAUAUUAUUAUUGUUGCCAGUUAUGCGCAGUAUAUGCUUAACGUUUUUUUUUUUUUUUGAUGAAUUAAAACAAAGUAAUGUAUUGUUUGUAAGUUUAAAAAACAAAAAAAAGAUUAGAGUUAGUCAGCACGUUUUAGUGAGAUUUGAAAAAUUACCGUAUUUAUUGAAUACAAAGCUUGUUUGAACGCGUCUAACAUAAUUAACAAAAACAUAAACCAAAAAAAAAUUGUGCAGAGUACACGUCUUUUUGUUUUAAAAAAACGUUACACUUUAAAUUUUUCUUACAAUUUUCAACACAAUUCAAUAAGAAUGAUAUCAUAUUAUCGUGUACUGCAUUUUGAUAGAUCUGCUUAUUUCCUAGUGACGAUCACAACACAAUAUCUAUUAUUACCAUUAUGAAUAGGUAUUUUUUUUUAAUUUAUAUUUUUUAUCCUGUAUAGAUAGAUAGUAAAAAUAGUAAUAAUAAUAAAUGGAUAAUAUUAAAUUAAUAUUUAUAUAUUACGAUGUUUUAUUAUAAUAAUUUUAGACGCCUAAUAGUAAUACAUAUAUAUAUAUAUA